AACCUUACUUUUCCUGCCAAAUUUCAUCAUUCUAAUACUUUUUUACAACAUUCAAUAUUGCAAUUAUUUUCAGUAAGUUUCCACGAGACUUAAACCGCAUAAAAAUAUGUCGGAAAAAAGUGCACUAACCCCGGAUGAGAAAUUUCACCUCAUCUCUAGGAAUCUCCAAGAAAUAUUGGGCGAAGACAAAAUAAAAACGAUACUGAAAGAGCGAGAUAUAAAACUGUAUUGGGGAACCGCAACAACCGGUAAACCUCACAUCGCUUACUUCGUCCCCAUGUCAAAAAUCGCCGACUUCCUCAGAUCCGGAGCAGAAGUUACGAUCCUCUUCGCAGAUCUGCACGCCUACUUAGACAACAUGAAAGCCCCUUGGGAGUUGCUGGAGCUCAGAGUUCAAUACUACGAGCAUUCCAUAAAAGCCAUGCUUCAAUCCAUCGGAGUCUCCAUCGACAAGCUAAAGUUCGUUAAAGGAACUGACUACGAGCUGACGAAAGAGUAUACUCUCGACGUUUACAAGAUGACCUCCGUUGUUACGGAGCAUGACGCUAAGAAGGCGGGAGCUGAGGUUGUUAAGCAAGUUGAAAAUCCUUUACUUAGUGGUCUCUUAUAUCCCAGUUUACAAGCGUUGGAUGAAGAGUACCUUAAAGUCGACGCGCAGUUUGGAGGAGUGGAUCAAAGGAAGAUUUUUACUUUCGCAGAAAAGUAUCUGCCGCAAUUGGGAUACCAAAAACGUGCUCACUUAAUGAACCCCAUGGUACCUGGGUUAACUGGUUCCAAAAUGUCUUCAUCUGAAGAUGACAGCAAGAUUGAUUUACUGGACUCUCCUGCUAAUGUAAAAAAGAAACUGAAGAAAGCCUUUUGCGAACCUGGAAAUAUCGAAAAUAAUGGGAUAUUGUCGUUUGCGAAACACGUCAUCUUCCCUCUAUUCAAGCCUGAUGAACAAUUUGUAAUUUCGAGGAAAGCUGAAUACGGUGGGGAUUUAAAGUUUUCCACAUACGAAGAAUUGGAACAAGCUUUUGCUAAAGAGGAGGUUCACCCGGGUGAUUUAAAAGGAGGCGCUGAGGUCUACAUCAAUCGACUAUUAGAACCGAUUAGAAAGGCUUUUGAUACUCCGGAACUAAAGAAAUUAACCGAAAAAGCUUAUCCUACUCCACAAAAAACUAAGGGUCCAGCUAACCAAACUGCGGCAAACGAUGAAAUUAUUCCCAGUAGAUUAGACAUUAGGAUUGGCAAAAUUGUUGAGGUAUCGAAACAUCCAGAGGCCGAUUCGCUUUACGUUGAAAAAAUUGACUUGGGUGAAGAACAACCGAGAACCAUCGUUAGCGGUUUAGUUAAUUUUGUACCUGUCGAAGAGAUGCAGAACAGAAUGGUUGUGGUACUUUGUAAUUUAAAACCAGCCAAAAUGAGGGGAAUCGAGUCCCAAGGAAUGGUUCUCUGCGCUUCUGUAGAUGACCCUAAGCAAGUUGAAGUUCUAAUUCCGCCAUCUGACGCUGUGCCUGGAGAAAGGGUGUUUGUAGAAAAUUUCGAAGGUGGCAAGGCAGAUGAAGUCUUGAAUCCCAAGAAGAAGGUUUGGGAGAAACUGCAAGUAGAUUUAAAGACUAGCUCCGAAUGCGUAGCCCAAUGGCAGGGCAACAACUUGCUGACGAAAUCCGGAGGGAAAAUAGUUAGCAAAACGAUGGUGCUUGCACCGAUUAAAUAAGUUUAAAAAUAUUUUAUAUUUUAAAUUAUGAAAUAAACGAUUUUUGAGGA